UUGUCUAAAAAAAGGGCGACCGCUUCACCACUCCGACAAUCCUCGGCUUGGUUCCCCCAAUCCUUCCCCCGCAUGCAUGUCGCAAUGAUCCAUGCAGGUAUAGCGCCAUGGCGCGGAGGAGGGUGCAGUGACUGGGGCCCAGAUUGAUUGCGGCCAUUCGGGCGCGAGCACGCACGCACGCCCAAGCGGUGACGAGGUGAGGGCUGGAUGUCGAGGCUGAACCGCCGCCGGCAGCGAGUGGAGUUCAGGUUCUCCGGCCUCCGCGCCGUCCAGGUGCCAGUAGUAUCUGACAGGCUGUUACUUUCUAUAAUCUCAGUGGACACAGGCAAAACAAUUGCCAGGUCCAGUAAAGCUGCCGCUCUAAAUGGAAUCUGUCAAUGGCCUGACUCGAUCCUGGAAUCAAUAUGGUUUUCUCGAGAUGAAGCGUCAAAAGAAUAUGAGGACUGUCAAUGUAGGAUUGCUGUUUCCAUGGGAUCGACAAAAGGUGCUAUUCUUGGGGAAGUUUUUCUAAACAUGACUAACUAUCUGAGUUCAGAAGACUCAACUGCAAUCUCAUUGCCAUUGAAGAAAUGCAAUUCUGGAACAGUUUUACAGCUUAAGGUUCAAUGUCUUGGCACAAAGUCUAAAUCAAGUCCAAGCAAUGAUGACAUGGACAACAAAUCAGAUGGUUCUAAUAACUUGAUCACCAGAAAUGUUAAUUUCUCAUCAACAAAUCAUUUAGGUGGUUUUCAUCAAGAUGAAGUUGGGAUUAGGGAUACAAGCUUUUCACCAUCUCCAUGGAAUGAUUCUGAUGAGGGAUUGUACAUAGAGAGUUCUCAAACUCCAGGUCAAAACAUGCUGCAGGAGAGUAUCGAUGAGUCAUCCUUAAGUGGUUUUGCUCAAUUGUCAUCAGGGGCAUCUGGUUCAUCCAAAGAUCUCCUUGACGCUGCUGAAGCAACAAUUGAAGAACUUCUUAGCGAGGCACAAAUGUGGGAGAUCCAUUCUCAAAAAUUGAGAAAUGAUCUAGAGACAUUACAGAAGGAAUGUGAUGAAAAAUCCAAGAAACAGACUGAGAUAUUGCUGGUACUUUCUGCUUCACAAGCCGAACAAGAGUCAUUGAGACAAGAAAUUGAAGAGUUGAAGUUGUCUUUGGAGGUGGCUAAUGCACAGCAAACUGUUACUGGAAUUCCCAAGUCUGGUGAUGCAAUAGACAUCCAGCUUGAACUAAAAGAUGAGGUGCAAUUUCUGAGAGAAUCAAAUGAAAACUUAACAACACAACUGAAGAAGAGUCAAGAUGCAAAUAUAGAGCUUGUUUCUAUUCUUCAAGAACUGGAAGAAACAAUAGAAGCACAAAGAACAGAAAUCUCCAAUUUCACUCAAAUGAGUAAUGUGAUUGAUCAUGAGGUACCCAUGAAUGAAUUGUCGAUUCAAGAAGAUGCGGAGUGGGAAAGGAAGAUGUCACUAAAAGAAGAUGAAAUCGCAGCAUUGAGGGAGAAAUUGGAUCGUGUACUCAGCAUAGAAAAUGCAGGUGGUGCUGGUUCUGAUGCUAUAUAUCUUGAACUGGAAAAGGAGAAUGAUUUUUUGAAGGUUCAAAUGCAAGAUCUUGAGAAUGAUUGUUCCGAAUUAGCAGAGGAAAAUCUGGGGCUUAUACAAAAGUUGAAAGAAGUUAGUGGGGUCGAAGGACAGGAUUCUUGCAUUUCUGAUAUUCAGGAAAUGUUAAAUGCGACAGAUCUUUCUGGGACUUCAAAAUCUAGAGGAAAAUACCUAGAAAGAAAAUGUGCUGACCUUGAGCUGAGGAUGUUGAAUUUUCAAUCAGAGUCUAGAGAACUAGAAGAGAAGCUCAAAAAAAGCCAAGAGGAGCUAAAAGAGAGAACUCUUGAAUUAUCUGAGCUCACAGAGAACUUAAGUAGCUUCCGUGCUACAGAGUUGGAGAGAGAGGAAAUAAAUAUUGCAAGAGGCUACCAGUUAAGAAGUGAAGAACUAGGAGACACUGAAUCUGAAUUGAAUCUAUUGAAGGGUACAAUUCAGCUCAAAGAAAAAGAGAUUGAAGGCUUGCAGCAUUCUAAACUAGAAAUGGAAACCUUUAUAGAUAAUGUACUUGGACAGAAGAUACAUGACCUUGAAAUCUGCAAAGUGGAACUAGAGAUGUAUAUAUCAAGGCUGGAAGAUGAAAAAUUAGAAUUAUUGGAGUCCAUUUCUGGAAUGGAGGUUGAGCUGACUAAUCUGACAAGUGAGUACGAGUCAUGUAUAGUGCAAAUGGAUGAUUCUAGAACAAUGAUCAUAGAUCUCAAGGACAAAGUACAAUUGCAGCAAUCAGAGUUGGAAGCUCAAAAGGUGGAAGUGAAGAAGAAACAACUAGAAUUUCAGAAAAGAUUUUCAGAAGUACAGGAGGAUUCAGAGGCUCUAAGAAGAUUGAAUGCUAAACUGCAGGCUAAAGUUGAUAAUCUCAUUGAAGAUUGCAAUUCUCUUCAAGCAUUGACGGAUGAUCUAAAGAAGGAAAAGUUGGAAUUGCACAGUUGUGUUACACAGCUAGAGCAGGAAUUGGAGCACUCGAAAAGAAAGACCACGGAUUUUUGCAGAACUGUGGACUUCCUAGAGGUAAAACUUUCUUCGAUUCAGAAAGAUAUAUCUUCAAAAGAGCAAUCUUUUCUCUUGGAACUGGACAAUAUACUUAAUGAGCACAAGGAGCAUGAAGAAAAGAUAAAUCAUGCACAUUACCUUUUAAACAAGAUUGAUAAAGAAAAGACUAUUGAGGUAGAGAAUCUUGAGAGGGAGGUCAUGAGCCUUACUGCACAACUAUCUUCAACACACGAGGAGCAAGAAAGUUCCAUGUUGGAUACUAUUCGUGAGGCCUCCAUCCUUCGAGCAGACAAGGCAAAACUUCAGGCUAAUCUUCAUGAUGUUAAUGAGCAGUUGAGACAUUACGAGUCUCAGUUGGAAGAUGUACGCAAGGAGUCUAAAAGCAAGAUUAAAUCCCUCACUGAUUCACUCAAUGUGUUAAAACAAAACGAAGAAAUGCUAAAAGCAGAUGCCGAGGAUAUGAGAAGGCUGAUGGAAGCUGCUAAAUCCAAUGAAGAAAAUUUAAGAAUAACUUCGAAUGAGUUAGAACUGAAAUAUAAAUCUAGUGAUUAUAAGAAACAGCAAAUAAUGGAAGAAAAUUCUGGAUUAAAGAUUCAAGUUCAGAAAAUAGCAGGUGUCCAAGAUGAACUUUUGAAAGUGCAAAGUUCCCUUGAUGAGGCUAAGUUUGAAAAGGGAAGACUAGAAGAGCUGCUUCAGUUGAUGUCUGAAGAAUGUGAUGAACUAAAGGUGCAAAAGGCCAUGUUAACAGACAAAAUCUCACAUACGCAGGAUACUUCAAAUACAAUCAAUGGAGACAAACAAAGUAAAACAUCCAUGCAAGCAAAGCUAAGCAGCAUAAAACAGGGGAAAAAUGAUCUAGCUACUGACAACGGAGGUUGUUCUCCAGUUAAUGAGGAACCAGACCUGCAAGCAAAGAUCCAGUCAUUGGAAAGCAGACUUGCCGAAGCUCUCGAGGAAAAUAGCAUGUAUAGGACACAGGUGAAGAGUCCCACUGCAGAGCGGCAAUCUGGGAGCAGGAAUGGUGAGGGGAAUAAUGAUGACAAAAUAGCACAACUGGAAUCAGAACUACAAGACAUGCAGGGCAGGUUACUGAACAUGAGCUUGCAGUAUGCGGAAGUAGAGCACCAACGGGAGGAAUUAGUGAUGGAGCUUAAAAACGUAAAUGCAAAGACGAAGGGGGGACGGUGGUUCUAGCAAUUAGUGACAGAGCUCAAAAGCUGGGUGCCACAGUCAUGAGGCCCACAGGCCACAGCACAGCGAAGGAUAGGGGCUCUGUCAUUCAUAUCAGGAAGAAGAGAACCGUCCACUACAUAUCCUGGAAGCAUGUUGUGAAAAAGGCCAGAGGCAUCCGGAUCUUGGAGGCCACCAUCGUGAGAAUUGGGCAAGGGCACCAAGAACGACGGGUGUUCUCAAGCCUCAGACAACUUGGACAAUGACUAUUCUCAGAACUUGAGAUGCCCUGAUCGUCUUGAACUGUCAAUACUUUGCGAGACUAAGCGCGCUAGAAUGACAGAUCAUGUUCAUAUAUAUGACCAUACAGAUCACCCUGCCUUUUUACACGAUCGCACAACAUAGCCUCUGAUAAACGUAGCUCCUGAACUGUGCCUGAAAAAGACUAGAUAUAUGGCAUUGGCAUUAUGUGCUGGUUCAUCUCACUCUCUGCAAAGAACCUGUAGGAGACUUUUUGUGUAGGUAAAUAACACAUGUGAUUCGUCUUUGUUUAUGCCAUCUCGUCACGUGCCCAGAA